CUCACAUGGUUCUCCAGAAUGGUUGGGUAGUCCUUGUCAGUGACCCAUCUAGCAGUGUUUUAGAUUCAUUGUCAAACCCCUGUAUGUGGCAACAAAUUAGGAUUAGCAUAAAAAAUGUAAUCCAAAAGUCCUCAGAUUACAUUAUAAAAUAUAUGUGCAAUCCACUGACUAAACCUUCUGUCAUGUAACUUGUAAUCAGUAAGUAAUUACAAAUUAUGAAUAAUCUACACAGCACUGACAUCACACUUACUCGGAUUGAAGUGAUAUAUGCUCACUUCACAGAUGCUGUCACUGUAUACUUGAAAUGUUUACAUACAUGGAAAAAGCAAAUGCUUGAUCUGGUAUUUUACAUCUGCUGAUCUCUCCUGCUAAGGUCCUGGAGCAUGCUGGCAACACUAAAUGAAGUUCCCCAUCUGAGGAACACUGGGUUCGGCCGGCCGUGGCCCAGACAUGGACUCAAACUCCUGCACUGGUUUGCCAAAGAAUGCCUUAUUUUUGACAAUAACAACAACAUGCGCACUGACUAUUAUCCAGCUGAUGGAGAUUUUGGUUUUCACCUGUUUGAGAACAGAUGUGAUGAAUAUGGAGAUAAACUUCUCCCAGAUGUCAAUUUUCCUUAUUAUGUGGUUGGCAAUCUCAAUUCAGCAGGAGCUGAAAACCUUCCAGAAUACGUCACAGAAUACAAAUGUACUGAUGAGGACUACAGCAACACAGACCGCAUCAUCGUCAGUCUCCACGAUGACUGUGAGUUUGACAAAGUCUAUAUAACUCAACACAAGGACCGAUCAAACUACGACCCAUAUAAUACUCACCGGAUCUCCAAAGGCCUUCUCAUGAUCAUCAGGAGGAUAAGAUUAGAGGACUUUCUGGAAGGAAUGUGUUAUUAUCCAUACAUGCAGCCUGUAUCACCAAUGCCUAUAAUCAACUACAGACCUAUAGCUACAAAUACAGCAGGUCCAGGAUUCAUUGUGGUAAAUUAUCCACACGUUCAGCCAAUAUCGCUAAUCCCAAACAUCCCAGAAAAUCCAGGCUUCGUUAAGGUCAAUUAUCCAUACUCACAGCCCAUAUCACUAAAGUCUGUCAGGAAGUGCAGACCUAAAUCUACGAAUACUGUGAGUCCAGACUUGACUGCUGUCACUGUACCAUCCAGCCAUCCUCCACACCAUGACGCUCCUGCAGCACAGAGCAGUGGAACCAAUGCUGAAACCAUCAUCACCAUAGAAGAGGAAACAUCUACAAACAAUCCCUCAGAGAACUCACCCAAGAAGAAGAGAUUCUGGGAGAGACUCUGCACCAUACUUUAACCUGAGUUGCGCACACACUGUGCAUUUUUUGACAACAUUUCAGCCAAAUUCUGGUUUGUGUAACUGUUUUUAGACAUGGUUGAAUAGGUAAUGUUUUGUUUGUUGUCAUGUAGUUGUUUAGUGUACAGUGGGAACAAUCAGUAAUCGAUCAAUUUCUUACAUGUCAGAAAUGUUUAUCCAUCUUUGUAAAGGUAUUGCACGAUUGAAUCAGAGUUUGCAAGAGCUAUUCUAGAAUUCUCAAGAACAACUCGAAGGGCUAUAGUUAAAUUUGCACGUUUCAUAACCGUUAGUAAAGUAUGUACUAUAUAGCGGUGGUUCCCAAAGUAGGGGUUUCUGGACAAUGAGAGGGGGGUCACUUGGUGAUUCCCGAAAAUCCAAUCAACAUGCAAAAACAAAGCCAUUGGUUUCUGAUUAAAAAAUAAUCUAUCG